AGAGAUUGGUGGGUUCGAGCUCUCUUGCCACGUUCUCCCAUUUUCGCCUUCCACUGCGCCAUGCGCUGCUCUCACUUGGCAAAGUUCUUGGUGGCAGGGGCGCUGAUUUGGUAUCUGUCUGGAACCCGAACGGAGAAGUGGCCUGUGCCAUCAAGCUCGCCACGGCAGCUGGCACAGAAACCUUCCCCAAGUUCGACCAGUGAGGCAGAGAACCUGAACCUCGAGGUGAACGCUUCGCAGAACCGUGACCUCGAUGUGAACGCUUCGCAGAAGCUUCUGGAGCAAUGGCGUCCCUUUUGGAGCCAAUCCAUUCGAGACCUGCUCCAUGAAGGGUUUGAAGUGGUCAGGAAUUCGAAAGCAUUGGAUGCACAGAGCAGGUCAAGCAACGUCAAGGAAACGUGUGAAGAGCUGCUCGAACAAGAGAAGUACGUCGAAGCCUUCUCACCUUGGUGCCAAUAUGAAUUGCCAGAGUCCCAAAGAUGCUUUGACAUCAUGGACCGUGGCACAUCCAUUUGGCUUCUGGGCUCGAUGCUACGAGACUGCAUCAAGGAUCCGACGGCUUGGAGCCAGACAUGGCAGGCCUGCCGUCAGCAGAUGGACUUGGCCUUGCCUUUCGAGAAGAUGGAUUUGGCAGGUGCUGAGGCAUUACAGAUGGCUUGUGUGCGUAGUUGCCAUGACACGUCUUCAUCGGACUGCCCACAGAAGUUUGGACCCUUGGGCCUUCAAGAGAGCAAGGAGGACGAAGAGUUUGGGAAGAGAUUUAUCCAAUGUGACCGCCUUUUGUUCAACUUUACUGGCUACGAUCGAUCCAGGCACAGUGAUCCAGAAGUUCCCCUCAGUGAGUGGAUCUCUGGUGGCUAUUGUGGAGCAGAUUAUGCGGUUCCUCUUUGUUCAUUUCAUUUCAACGUCAGAGGCAUCGAGAUCGCCUCCGAGGUGGACAAGGAUGCUCGCUUGACCACUCGGUACCACUACGACCAUUUCGUGUACGGGGACUUUUGCACAACCAACGAUGCAGGAUUGAAUGUGACCCAGCCGUUUUUCAAGAAGCUUGACGAUGACUUUCAGGGGGAUCCCAAUGACAUUAUAAGAUACUUUGGUUGGAGGUGGGGUCUGGAGGUUGCGGGUGUCCUUCAUCGAGCCAUCGACCAAUUUCUGCACUACAACGACAGUUCAGUGCCAGAGGUCUACCCAGGAUGGCAUGGAUGCCAGAACAUCAUCGACCAUGGGAUCCAAUCGGCAAGCACCGACGAAUCGGACGUCCAGUCCUGCAAAGAUGUUUGCAACGCCAAUUUGCAUUCAGCUUAUUGGCAAUUGUUAGUCGUUCCCUUCCUUUCCCGCCAAUGGACUCUCGGAACCUGGCAGAUCUCCGGACCUCUUUUUCUCCUUUUUCUCCUUGGUUGCCUAGUGAUUGUCAUCAUUUUUAGGUGGAUUUUGGAGAGAUGCCAGAGCGCACUGGACCGAAUGGAAGAUGCUGAAGGUCCUGGUGGACGUGGAGCACAAGUGUGCAUCUGUUUGAUGAUGUGCUUCGUUGUCGUUGUCGUUGGAGCCUUGAUGUUCUCAAUCUUGAUGGUUUCAAUUCUGACUGUCAUUUUAAUUUGUGCUGCUUGUGUUCUCUUGGAGUUUCUGCUGCGGAUUGCCUCUGGGCACGGCACAGCUUGGGUGUGCUUGAAAACAUACCUCUUUUGGGAAGCAGCAGACGUUCGAUGGCAGUACACUGCCGGGGCCGUUGGCCUGAUGACAGCAACAAUCUUGGGUAGUUGCUGCUACUCCAGCAAGGCUUCAGGUGCUUCAGAUUCUUCAGAUGCUGGUUCUGCAAAGAGUGCUGUGCGCCAUCUUCUUUGUGCUCAGUUUCUUUGCAUUUUGCUUCCCUGCCUUGCCAUGUUAGUGCUUGAGAAGUUGGGGUGGAUGCUGCCAUGGUAUGCCAUGCUGCCGCAGUACGCUACCGACAUCGAGCCCUACAUCGCGGCACUUUGCACAUUCCUUUUGGGCCUCAGCGUUUUUCUCGUAUCUGAGUGGUGCCUGGGGCACUACCCUUCUGAUAUCAUGAAAGCAGUCCAAGAGAUGCAUGGCAAAGGAAUGGUAUUUGACAUUUUCAUGGACAACUCUCAGGCCUUUGGCUUCUACCUGAUGGGUCAACCAUACUUCGCCCUUGCCCAAGUCUCGGGCGUUCUCGGCAACGGAUUCAUGACCAUCGUUGCGCCAAAGUUGGAAUUCUCAACUUUGACAAGAAUUAUGGCUGUGCCGUCAACAAUAGCGGCUUUGUUGUUUCCCAUUCUGGGUGCGGUUCUGGGUGCGGUUCUGAGUGGGUUUGGUUUGAUUCACUUCGGACCCUUCGGACUCGCCUUUGGCCCUCCUUGGCUUAGCCCUUUGGAGUCCGGGUUUGCAGUUGGUGGACUCAUUGGAGUGGCCUAUGGAUUGGUGGUGUUUCUAGGUCCGUUCCUCCUCAUCACCAUAGCUGCCACACGCAGGAACUUCCGAGAGUUUUUGCUAGCUGUCGUCCAAGCCGAUUUGUUCCCAUUGAUCUGGAAAUGUCAUGGGGAGCCGGAAUCCCAAGAGCUUCUUUUCAAGAAAGCUGCGGAGGCUAGCGGAGAGGGCACCUUGAGCCUCUUAGUUGGCUUGACAGCCUUGUUCAAGGCCAGAUUGGGAAACGGCAGUAGCUCACUGUUGGCUCUUUUCCAGCUCUUGGCCAAUGUCCUAUACACCAGCUACACACUGUCGGAAGGCCUUGUCAAAGGAGAACUGGCACAAGCCGCGGACCUGUGUGAGCACAGGAUUAGGACCUUUGCCAAGAAGACCUCAAGAGCCGAGACGUUCUACCAACGAUGCGUUGUCCGCUUCCGAGGAUUGUUUCCAAUCGGUGAUUGUGUCGUCAAAGGACGACUGAUAGGAGAAGACAGAGCCUCACGAGAGACAUAUCUACGGCGCAGGUGUGAAGGCCUAGCACUCCUGCGCGCAUCAGAGGUCUUAGCAACAACAGUGGCCUUCGUGUUGAUGGCAUCCUCCUUCAAUUUUCUGAAAGCUGGAACAUUUUUCUGUGGUUGCGGUGCAGUUUUUUCAGUGCUGAGCACGUUGGUCUUGGGCAACCGCUUCACGUGGUCGCUUCUCCUGCCAUUUACACCCGGACAAGCGCCUGCAACAAUGCCAACCAGCGGACAGUUUGAGGUUGAGAUUGUCAGCCGCCUUGCGACAUCCCUGCUAGCAUGGUUGGCUAUGCUUUCGGCAUGGCCCUUUGGACGGGGAGCUUACGGCUUUCUUGAGAAAGUAAAGCAAGCUGCCACCCGGCACAAAUCAACAGGAACAGCAGAGUUAUGGCAGGCCUACAUCAUCCUCCUCGGUAUCAGCUUCGGGUUCCUUGCCUGGCCCAUUUGCGCUUGGUCGACGUGGAAAGUGAUCCAAAACCGGCAAGAAUGGUUUGCAGAAGACUCGGCGCGCUUCUCAGCCCUCGCUGCAAUUGACCCGUCGAUGUGGACUCAGGAUACGACACUGUCGAGUCUGAUUGGUCCGGACGGAGCUCCGAUCAUGGAGCAUCUCGACUCUGCCGAAGAUGACGAUGAUGAACGUUCCAGGAUGCUGGACUGCCUCAAGUUCAGCGAGGCUGAAAUCGAGUAUGUCAAGACCUUCCAGAACAGCAUCCGCGUGCAUGAACCUGCAGGGCCUCCAGCGCCCCAAGCAGAAUCGAGCGCAAUAGUCUAUCCGCAGUGGCAAUUGGCACUUGCUGAGCCCUUGGCCUUAGAGCAUGGCAGCUCUGUGGAGCUUACCCAGUCCAUCGUCGGCUUUCAGGAGACUGAAUGGACCAAAAUCCUAAAGCAAUGCCCGUGCCUUCUACCUCCUCAACUUUCUUGGCACUUGCUGGGUUCGAAGGCGCAACCCAUUAUGUUGAAGGAAUUUGCUGGUGAGUUGGAGGAAGGAGUGUCCCACUUCAAGAUCAUUAUCAUCGGCGGUCAGUUCAUGUUCGGAACUGGGCGGUGGAAAGAUGGCAAACCCCGCCUUGGGAUGCGUGGAAGUUGGUCCAAUACAUCCACCAUGAGCUGGACAUUUUUCAACCUGGACACCAAGUCUCUUGAAUUUGAAGACAUCCUACACGCAUUGGUGAACACGGAGAAGGAAAUGGUGCUGAAGUUGCAGUGGAGCCAGCUGCCUGGUCGCAGCCACGGAUGCGUCAUCGGCCAAGAACACAUUUUCCACGAAAUCAGUCCAAAGAAGCCUGAACAAGUUGAACAAGUGCCAACACAAGCAGAGACUCGUUCAUUCAUUUACGUUCCCAAAGGCGGACGCUUUCUGGACGGACAGGCGCUGCAGACGGGGCGGGAGACCUCCGAGUUGCGGGAGAAGUUCCAACUCUUUGACGUCCAGCUCUUGGAGAAUUCCGACCAAAAGCCGCUUCCAUGGGCAUUGGAUCCUAAGGAUCCAUGGCACUUCAUCCAUGUCAAAGCAAAGGACUGGGAUCAAGUUCCGCCGGAACCUGGAACUUGCUCUUGUUUGUGUGAUUGGUGCUUUCCCACAAGGUUAGCAGGUUAUAGCAGUCUCUCUCAAGAUCCUGACUCAGAUGAUCGAACUGUGCAGCGGAUGCCGAAUGACUGAACAGCAAUUCGACUUGCAUGUUCUCCAUGCUCAAGUAUCCAAUGAACUUGUGCUCAGGAGAUGGAUAAUAGCAUUUGACAGUUUCACAGCUUUGCUUGCACCCGACUUGCAAUGGAAACAAUGAGCACUCGAUGAAACCAGCACGGUGCUUUAGUGAUCUCGCGGAGCAGAAGAGGUUCUUCCUCUUCAUAGCAGCAAUUAGGAGAGGCAUUGCCGGAGCAAAAUGUGUGCCCAGAG